UUGGGAAUCAGAUUCUGACGUCUAUUCAUAUCAAAAACGGCCAGAUAUGUGUUAAAAAUGCAUUUGAAAAUCUGAGUGAGUUACAAAGUCGGCCAGGUCCAAACGCACUUGGUUACAUAUACGGCCACGUCCACAAGAGCCAAUCGGUGAGCUGUAUUCCAGUCACGUGACCUCAGACAGUAGUCAGUGUUUUCUUUCUGCUGUCACUGUGAUACCGUUACUCCAGAAAGCAUCUUUUAUUUCAUGAAUUUAAUUAAUGGUACAUUAGACUAUUAAGAGAUGGAAGUUAAUGUUGAUUUAUGUUCACCUGAAAAUGCAAGAAAAAAGCAGAGACAACCAGAGAAUUGGAAAGUUACCAAACAGAAACUGCAAAGGUACAGCCCAAAGGCCAUGCCAAACUACCCAACGUGUGGUCACAGAGGAAAGUGUCUGAACUGCAGCCUACUGACAAUGGUAGACAUUAAGGAGUUUCAUGCUGCAUUUUAUACCGUAAGAACUAAGAUGAGCCAGGAUGCUUUCAUCUUAAAAUACUGCAGUGUCUCAACACCAGUCCGAUACCGCCCUAGAUCUGGGGACAGAGGUAAGAAAACCAUUAAAUAUAAAUACUUUGUAAAAAACCAAGUUGGAAACCGAAUUGAAGUUUGCAGAAGAGCAUUUUUGGGAAUUCUUGGAAUAACCAAGCACAGAGUAGAAGGUGUUUUUACUCGUUUUAAAAAGGAAGGGUCUGAUAUACCAGUCGAAACAAGAGGAGGUUUCCGGAAAGACUGCAAUGACAGGGUUUUUGGUGGCAUUGAAAGAGAAAUAAACAAGAAAGAGAAGAUUGUCAAAGUUGAAGAAUACCAUGAAUCAUUUUCAGGUCAUGGUACAGUGAAAAAGCUGGGAAAACUUUGA